GGCCAGCUGACCGGGCCCGGAACCUGCCCGUGACAGAACCAGUGGGUCCAACAUCUCGCCGAGACAUGAGCCACCGAUGUCCGCCGAUUUCCGUUUCCCUCAUCCAUUCGAUGUCUGCCAAUUCCUCGGCCCGCGUGCCAUGCUAUGACGGCAAUGCAACGGCUUCGAUGGCGAAAAAGCAAAACAAAACAAAAAGGUGGCGCUCUGACACAAAGCACGUGAUCUGGAUGGUGGAGAAUUGCAAGUCAAAAAUCCCCAACGUUCCGCGCAUCCCUAUGCACCAACCUACAGAAAGCCAACAACACCUAUUACCAAAGCGGACAGAAAUAUCAGAGCAAACCUUCGCCUAUUCAACAUCAAUGAUUCCGAGCCAUGUCCCAGUCACCACCGUCUCCCCCCGGUCUCGAUCCCCAAAACCGGCCACGACCGUAGGCAACACCACGCAACACCCACCGCCUCUUCCACCAAACCCGGGCCACUCCCCCGGAACCUUACACCUCACACCACAUGCUGUGCCGAGUUGAGUCUGGUUUAAGCGCCCCGCCGUGUCCCGGCCCCAGACAAUCUCACCCCAACGCCAUCCCCACCACCGCCACCAGAACCACCCCACGUCUUCUUUUUGAUCGCAGGCGCCAACUUCUUCACUACCUCCUGCCUCGGCGGCGCCCCGCGAACAAGCGGCUCGGCAUACGACACGGUUGUCGCAGCCUUGGCCCUACUCCACGGUGUCUUUGUGGCUUUGGGCCCACGCGCCUGGUCAGUAGCGGCAACGGCGACGGCAGGAGGCUCAUCAGCGCCGCGUUUCCGCUUGGCUGAGGCGGCGCGCGUAUUGUAACGGGUUGUGCGCGCUGCUGCUGGGCCGGGGGUUGGCUUGACUGUCUUGGUUCGGGGUUGGGCC